UUGACGUGUUUACUAGCGUGUUGUUGGCGUGUGUGUAACGUUGAAAGGAAAUAUUUUUCAUUUAAACGAUUUUGCGUCGUCGAUUUCGUGCGUGCGUACGGGCGUCCGUGCGUUUUAUGCGAUAUUUUUGUGAAUCUAACGCGUGCAUUACUAGUCCGCCAAGCGGCCGAAAAAGCUUACAGCUCAUAUGUAUAUUGUGCAGUGACCUACCGCCAAAGCGCUCCACUUACGUCCUACAACAAAAGUGUGCAGGCGUGUGCGUGUGUUUGUAUGCGUGAAAUACGAGAAAUAUAUAAAAAUAAUAAAAAAAAAACAAAGCUUUGUUGGCGUUUGCCGAUGGUUAGUAAUACGUUUUAGCCAAAUGCGUCGGCAGAAAACACAUUUCGCCCGCAAAGCCAACAACGACGGCACUUUGAGCGGCGCCACAAAUUGCUUCCAUUUGUUGUAAGUAAUCUUGCAUGUAAAAGCGCGACGUUACGCUUACGGUUAUUGUUGGCGUGGGAAAAACAGAAAUUGUAACAUUUACAAGCUUUGAGUAUUUGCAUUUGUGUUUUUGCGCGUAUUUUUUGUUCGCUGUUAAAAUUACCCACAUACACACACAUUACACAUAUGCAUGUUAAUAUGUGUCUGGCUGCGCUGGCCAAUUUGCUUGUGUAGGUGUAUUUGCGCGCGCAUACAAUUGAAAAAGUUUAUCUUCGUAAAUUUGACGGUAUUUUUGAACAUAAUUGCACCGGAUACGGACACAAGCUAACAACGGGUGAAGCGAUAAAAGCGUACAUAUAACAAUCUAUAUAAUAGCAGCCUAUCAGUGUCACGAAAAGAAGGCGAUUUUUAAUUACUAAAUACUGGGAAAAGAAUUACACAUAAUCAAGAAACAAUUUCCAGGGAAAAAAUGCCAGUAAAAAUUUUACCGCGAAAAAUAUAACCGAAAAUUAAAAGAUAAAAAGUUUAUAGCCAAAAUUGACGAAGUGUGCAAGUGACCAAGCAAACGUAUAAGAAAGUGCUGCGAAAAUAACUGUAAAUUUAGUGAACAACAACAAUCAUUGAUCGAACGAAAACAUAACUAAAACACAAAUCAAUCAAAUGGAAAUUAUUGCGUCGUAAAAUAGAAGCAAAUAAAUAAAUAAUAAAAUAACAGUGAAACUAAGCAGUGAAAUUUUGAGUAAACACAGCAAAAGUGAAAAAAAAUAUAAAAAACUGUAAAAACCCAACAAACUCAAAAUGUAUACAAACUCGCUGCAAGUGCAAAUAGACGGAAUAAUUCAAAAAACUUAAUUGUGCAAAACUUAAGAAAGGCGAUUUGUGAGCGAUCACACAAAUCAUCAGUAAAAAGAAAAAAAACCCAAAUAAACUAAAACGAUUACGAGAAUUUACUCCAUUUUUCCUUCGUCGUUUGUUAUAAAAAAACCUUCAAAAUUAUUCUCGAAAUGGAUAUGACUUCAACAGCGGAAGCUGCCGCCCGCAGCUGGUAUGAUAAUCCGCGUUUAGGCAGCUCUCCGCAAACUAACGGCCUCGGUGGCGCCGGUGCCGGUUUGGGACAUCACGCCCUCAGUGCAGCUGGCAGCGCUGGGAUGGGCGGUGGCGCUGGCCUCGGCGGCAUUGGUGGCGGUGGUGGCGGCGGCGCUGGUGGCGGUGUUGGUUUGGGCGGCUUGGACAGCAACGAUAUGAGCGCAUUCUAUGCGCUCGAGAGUAAUGGCCAUCACAGACGCUACUAUCCCAGUUAUCAUCAGCACACAUCCCGUAUGCCAUCGUCCCAUACAUCACCGCAAGUGUGUCGGCCGCACUUUCAUCCGCCCCUCGGUUCAUGGCUUACCAGCGAACAUAAAUCAUUUGCACCCGCCAGCCCAUGGGGCAGUCCGUUUGCAUGCCCCCAAGAUCCGCAAGUGGACCAUAAGGUCAGCCAAAUUGGUCAGAGUCAUCAGACGACGGCCGGUCAGCAUUCAUUUCCAUUCCCACCGACACCGCCAAAGGAUUCCACACCCGAUUCAGUACAAACCGGUCCAUCGGAGUAUCAGGCCGUUGUGAACGCAUUCAUGCAUCAAGCGCAAUCGACCGGCUCUACCUCAAUAGCGGACACGAGUUGUGCGCUGGACAUAAAACCCGCCAUACAGAACGGUCUCGGCAGUCUGUCGCACAACGGCGGCAAUCAACAGUCGUCCGCGGCGCCAAAACAGCGUGAAGGUACCAAUAAUAAUAACAACAACAACAAUAAUAAUACAAAUAACAGUAACAAUAACGCGACGAACAGCAGUAAUUCGCAUAACAGCAACAACAACAACAGCAGCAAUAGUAGCAACACAGCGAACAAUAACAACAACUCCUCCACAUCGAACAGUAACAACCACAACGUACACGCACACACCUCCAGCGCCAAUACCAUCUCCGCCCUUAACGGCAGCAGCCUAUUCGAUGGCACAGCGCAAGCGCAUUACGCCAAUAGUCUCGGCAAUAGCAGUAGCAGUCCACACGGCCUCGGCGGCAAUGGACUCACAGCGAAUAGCUCACUGAACGGUGCCGGUAGUAGCGCCAGUGCGAUGGGUGGCUAUGACGGUACAUACGCUUCAUAUGCGGCCCAUCAUCAUUUGGCGAACACCUCGGCGGCGGUGGCACAUCAUCAGGCUGCGGCAGCAGCGGCAGCGGGUAUGUUUCAAAGUUCCUCAAUGGCAGCGGCGGCUGCGGCGCGACACAGCAUGUCGGGUGGCCAUCAUACGCAUCAUCAUAUGAUGGGUGGUGCGUCGGCGGGCAUGUCCACCGGUCUGGGGCAGAGUCAUGGUGGUAGUGGUGGUAUUGGCGGCGUUGGUAUUGGCGUUGGUAGUGGCGGUGGCAAUGGUGGUGGCGGCGGCAGUAGCGGCAGUUUGGGCUUGGGUGGCCUAGGCGGCGGCAGUUUGAGUGGCAAUAUGUCGAGUGGCCAUCAUGGUGGCCAUCACAGCGGUCAUGGUGGACAUGGCAGUCAUGGUCAUGUACAUAGCCAUGCGCAUAGCCAUAGUCAGGAUGUGAAGCCGGCGCGUACGAAACCGAGGACCAGUGCUGAGGGUCGCGAGUGCGUUAACUGCGGUGCCACAUCAACGCCAUUAUGGCGACGCGAUGGCACCGGUCAUUAUCUGUGCAAUGCCUGUGGUCUGUAUUACAAAAUGAAUGGACAAAAUCGGCCACUUAUAAAACCAAAGCGAAGACUGACACUACAGUCACUACAGAGUGCUGCGAAACGUGCGGGGACAUCCUGUGCGAAUUGCAAAACCACAACGACAACCCUUUGGCGGCGGAACGCAAGCGGUGAACCAGUGUGUAAUGCCUGUGGGCUAUACUACAAGUUGCAUAAUGUCAAUCGCCCGCUUACCAUGAAAAAAGAAGGCAUUCAAACGAGAAAUCGCAAAUUAUCCUCCAAAUCGAAAAAGAAGAAAGGUCUUGGUGGCGGUUGUCUACCCAUUGGUAGUCAUUUGGGCAUGGGCGAUUUUAAGCCGCUUGACCCGUCGAAGGGUUUCGGUGGCGGUUUUCCAGCAUCAAUGGCACAACAUGGCCAUCUUUCCAGUGGUUUACAUCCCGCACAUGCGCAUAUGCACGGCGGUUGGUAUACCGGCGGUAUGGGCGCUUUGGGUGCAUCUAGUGGCCUGCAAAGCGGCUUCUCUACGGCAGGUUCACUGGGUGGCGGUGUGGUGCCACAUUCGCAGCCAUAUCAUCUUGGUUUGGGUUCGAUGGGCACCUGGCGUACAGAUUAUACGUGAUGGAGCGGGAACAAUUUGAAUAAUAAUUUAUUCAAUUGAAAGUAAACAAGACAAAAACAAUAAAAAAAGCAUACCAAAAGAAAUAGUAAACACGCAGAAUAUGCGCUUGGUAGGCAUACAUAUAACAACAGCAACAACUAAACCAGCGAUGAAAAAUACCAGUGAACUACAGUAAAAGAAAAAAUUCGGAGUAAAACAUAAAUUGAUUCGGAAUCAGCCAUACAAGACUAACUAAAAGCCAUAACUGAACGCCUACACCUACAAGAAUUCACAAGCAUUUAAAUAAGAAAUAAACAUUACGCACGUAACGUUAACACCAAACUACAAAAACAAAGCAGUCGAGAAUUGCAAACUACAGCAGCGCUUAGAGAUAUGAGCUAAAAAGGGAAUAUGUGCAAGAUUUUUUAAUAUUUACAACCGAAACCCUCCGUUAUAUAUGCAAAAAGCAGUUUCUCAACGUACAGCAGCAAGGCGUUAUAGUUUCGUUUAGUAAUGCCGAGAUUAUCCUGUCGCCGCCAAUACUAAUGAGUGUAGAACAAAAGGAAGAAGAUAUUUGUUUGAAGUAAACUCAAGUGGCAUGCAACAUCAUUAGUGCGAAACAACAAACACACACGUACAAAACAGCCACACAAAGAACCCUAAAAUCUAUCAACUGCCAAGAUAUAGCUCCUCAACUCAAUUGAGCGUGAGUUCCAACGGAACACUUACGGUUAACCAUCAGGGGCAGCGCAAAAAAAAAUUGAAAAGACUCAGCUUCGCCUUAGCCACAAGCCGUGCAUCUCCUCCACACCAGCACUACAUCGUUACGCUGCACUUGUUACCCACCGCACCGCCAAGUCUAAGCCUACUUAAUAACGAACGGCAUUGUUCCUUUCCAUUUGCCUUUUCGAGUGUUUUCAACCAGUCGAUUUUCCAUAUCAAGCUAAUCCAGCGCUUAGACAAAUACAGUUGAGUGAGCUACUGUUUAGACCACAGUAUUAUUGUGGGUCAACCAAGGGAUUAGCUGAGGCGAGGAAGUUUACAUAGUUUGAGGCGUGCCGUUGUGUAUUGAAAUGUUAGAGAUAAACGAACAAGUGUUUGGCGCCAGUUGAGUAUGUGUAAUGUUAUUCGAAGAUCGUGUAUUAAAGAUGAUCAGCUCAAAAACCUACACUCUACGAAAAAAUUUAUACAGAACUGAAAAAAAUUUGCGAAAAAAAUUUUCU